GAAAGACCAGAAAUGAGGAAUAUAUUUUAUUUAUAUCUGAUGCUUAGUAUUGGACGUUGCUCAGAUGAACAGAUUUUUGAGACCAAGAUUGUUCGUGUUGGAAAGGAGAUAAAACUGACAUGCCCCCGUAGGGAAGUAGGAACCUUGUUUUGGAUCAAGCUUGUUUCUGGAGACUUUCCUAAAAUCUUAGGAAGGUCAUUUACCUUCCAGAGUGGUGAUCAGCGCAUUAGAACUGCAACAGAAACUGGAGCAUUUGUUCUGUAUAUUACAGAAGCACAGCAAAGUGAUACAGGAGUUUACUUCUGUAUGAAAACAGGAAAACAAGACUUUAAAAUUUUGAGUGGAAUAUUCCUGAAAGUUGAAGGACCAAAACCAGCUUUCUCUACAGCUCCUCCAUCUGAUCCCGUCCAUGAGAAACCUACAUUCAUGCUGCAGUGUUCAGUCCUCCAUGACUGCCAGAAUAAAGCAUGUCCAGCAGCUGAUACGGUGUUUUGUUUGAAUGCUAAAUCGCAAAAAUUUCACUCCACUUUAAAUUACACUCAUAUAAAUGGUGGAGCUGAAUAUGAAAAGAACUUGGAUGGACUAUCAAUAAUGAAAUGCUUCUCCAGCUACUUGCGAAACUUCAGCACCUUCGAUUCUCAGACAUAUUACUGUGCCACGGCCACAUGUGUGGAGUCAUUUUCUGAAGAUACAACAAAAGGUGAUACUGAAGUCAACAAGAACAAUAUAGUUCUCUAUCUUUUAUGUGCUACUUUGGCUAUAAGUCUGAUUGUUAUAGCCUCUCUAAUUUAUUCAAUCAAGAACCUGAAGAGGCAAUCAUAUGUGGAUUGUAAUGCUGCUGUUGGUCUGCAAACAAAUGUAAUUCCAAAUGGUGAUCAGGAAAAUCUGCAGGUAGAUUCGGACUCGGUGGUUUAUUCUCUAGCAACUUAUAAAAAAGUGAGCAAAUCAAGGACAACGCAUACAAAAACCUGCAGAGUGCAUCUACACUGAUGCCAGGGCCCUUGUACUGGAUUGACAUCUAUCAAACUCAUCAAUGUGAAUACAAAUGUUUAUACAAAGUUUUUUUGUAUAAAUGUAAAUUAUCAUUUGGACAAACUUAAAGAAAAUAUGAAAUGUAUUUUUUAGGUUUUUGUCAUAGCUUACAUUCAAAGAUAAUAAAUAAACAACAGAUGCAAACAACUGAAAGUUUUUUCAUUGUAGAAAGUUUGAAAAAUAAAAUGUUUUUAUUGUGAUGUUUCACAAUAAUCAUUUGUAUAUGUAUGCAUUUUUUUGUACAAAGUAAUAAACAGUUGUAAAUAGUCAUGGUGUUAAAAUCACAGACACAGAUUAAUCUCCUUAUUGCCCAUGGAAAAAAGUCUUUCCUAAUCUGCUUCUUCUUCAGAUUAGAAAUUAGCGACUAGAAAGGAUCUAUUCUUUCUUAACAGACAAACAAACUGUUAUGCAAUGAUAUUAAAGCCAUAUUAAACCCAA